GCUAGACUGACUGUCUGCGAUCACUCAAUCAACAAGCUUGCCAGUGCUUCCAAGUCCUCUUGAGUAAUCAAUCAACGAGGCGACUAUCAUUACUGUUGCUUGAAACCCAUUGAGAGCGCCUUUGGCAAGAUUUCCAAGAUAAUUGUGAUGGACAAGAAGCAACUCCAUCAGCCAACCGAGCCACGACGGGCUCACAUUCCCAACGAUCCGGCUACACUACCAUUUUCGACAUUCACCGCGUGGGAGAAGAGAUGGAUAUUAUUCUUGGGAGCCUUUGCGGCCAUGUUCUCUCCUAUGAGCAGCUUCAUCUUCUACCCAGCCAUCACCUCCAUGGCGGAGGGCCUUGGCGUCACCACUGGUCUGAUCAACUUGGCCGUCACGACCUACAUGGUCGUUUCCGGCAUAGUUCCAUCACUCCUUGGCAAUGUGGCCGACAAACUCGGCCGACGGCCAGUCUACAUCAUGGCUCUGUCAAUAUACUUCGUGGCCAAUGUCGGGCUGGCGCUGCAGAACAGCUUCCCCGCACUCCUGGUUUUACGGAUGGUGCAAAGUGCUGGGAGUUCCGGGACAAUUUCACUGGGAUAUGGCAUCAUAUCUGACAUUGCAAGCCCCGCCGAGAGGGGCCUCUAUGUCGGGAUUUUCAACCUUGGCCCAAACGUGGCGCCUCCAAUCGGCCCCAUAUUGGGAGGCGUACUCGGAGCACGACUGGGCUGGAAAUGGAUAUUCUGGUUCCUUUGCAUUAUUGGAGGCGUAUGCCUUGUCUUGAUAUUGAUCACGCUGCCGGAAACUGCAAGAUGCCUAGUUGGAAAUGGUAGCAUUCCAGCCAAAAGAAUCAACCGGACAUUUUGGUCGUUGCUCACCGACAAGGGGGACCAAAUAUCACGGAGAAUGGAGAGCAAUGAGCGACCGAAAGUUGGAUUACCUAACCCCUUGGCCUCGCUGAAACUCCUGCUUCUCCACGAUGUGGCAAUCAUCGUGGUAUGCAACGGCGUUUGCUACGCCAAUUAUUGCUCUCUUCAGGCUUCUCUUUCCUCGCUGUUCAUUGACAUGUACGAUUAUCAGGAACUCCAAGCAGGUCUAAUCUACCUCCCGUUUGGUGGCGGCUGCUUGUUUAGCGUUUAUGCUUGGGGAAAACUCUUGAACUAUGACUAUUCCCGCACCGCAAAAGAACAAGGAGUUGACGUGGAUGUGGCCCGCGAAGAUUGUCUAGAUAACUUUCCCAUCGAGAAAGCAAGACUACGUAAUGUUUUUUAUCUUAUUGGCUUGAAUACGAUCGCCACGAUUAGCUACGGAUGGGCCCUUCAUAGGAGAGUGCAUGUGGCAAUACCACUUAUGCUCCAGGCAGUGCUAGGCUUUGCAAGUUCGGGAAUAUUUGUGGCUCUCCUCACUCUUCUUACAGACCUGAAUCCAGAAAGGUCCUCGACAGCGUCAGCGUCGGCAAAUAUUGUUCGAUGCGGCCUCGCUGCAGCGUUGCUCGCCGUGUUACAACCCCUGAUCGAUCGGGUUGGGGUGGGAUGGUGUUUCACCUUCCUGGGAGCACUCUGUGGGCUCUGUGGGCCAUUGUUGCUUCUCGAAGUGCGGAGGGGCCCCGAGUGGAGAAGAAGCAGGAAAUGCUAGGGGGGG